AUGAAUAGCAGAAACGGUGGUGGAGAUUCUAUAGGUUUUGACAAGGCAAUGAGACAUAAUUGGUCUCAACAUGCUAAAUACUUGAGCCAAGAUAAGAUUUUGAAAUCCAACUUCCUCAUCUCAUUGUCAACACAAAAACUUUCUGUUGAAGAAGCAAAGGCUGCAAUUGCAAGAUCAUUCUCUUGUAAAGUUCAGAAUGUUACAAAGGCACACAAUCCACAAGUCGAAAAGGCUUGGCAAGCUCUUUCCAACCUCAAGUUGUCUUCUAGAAGUUAUAUAAAACCUGCACCUACAUGGGAAGACCAAAAUUCUAAUGAAAAUCAUGUUGAACAUAGCAAUCCUGAUCAAACACUCAAUCCUUCUGCAACAGUUACCACUUCUGUCACUGAAACUAAAAGGGCUGAAACAUUGCAGAAUGGGGGUUAUGAGUCAUAUUCCACAAGUGCUUGUGGAAAUGAUAUAAGUGGCAUAAACAGGAAUCAUGCAAAAAAUUGGAGCCAUAUACAUGGGCUUCAGGAGAUUGAUGAUGAGGAUACUUUUCAGAAUUUGGAUGUGGAUCAAACACUUACUGAACACUUCCAAUCAUCCUGCAGAAUUCAGAAAUCAAUCUCAAAUUCUCCACCCUUCACCCCAGCUGCAAGUAAUAGUAUUGUAGCAUGUGAGGACAUAAGUUUACCUCCAGAACUGGAUAUAGACUGUGGUCAUGGUUUUAAGCUAGGAACUUGCCCAGAAGCUGCAACCCAUUUGCAAGAUAUGAAGGAUAUGCUUAUUUCCAUAUCAAAUGAUCUCAUUGACAAUGAUAAUGAAUUGAACUCUGAUCAAUUAGAGACUCUUCGUCAAGAUAGGCUGCAACUAAAAAAGCAAAUCCAACAGCUCAAACAAUAUUGUUCUUCUAUUUUGAUGGAUGAUGAAGGAUGCAAAUCAAAAUUUUCUGCAUAUUCAAGUGUUAGAGAUUUGAAGUAUCAAACACCAUUAGCAUUUACCUCAAGGGUUGAUCCUGUUAGACUUGAUGAUCAGUUUUACAUGCAUAAUAAAUGGGACCCACCAUCAAUAUCAUGUUCCUCAGUGGAUGACAAGAAAUGGAGCAAGAAAGAUUUUUCAUGGACCAAAAAGCUGGAGGCUAAUAACAAGAAAGUGUUUGGGAAUCAUUCAUUUCGUCCCAACCAAAGAGAAGUGAUUAAUGCAACAAUGAGUGGAAAUGAUGUUUUUGUCUUAAUGCCAACUGGAGGUGGAAAAAGUCUCACAUAUCAGCUACCUGCUCUUAUAUGUCCAGGUGUCACAUUGGUGAUCUCACCUCUUGUUUCUCUAAUCCAAGAUCAAAUAAUGCAUUUAUUGCAGGCAAAUAUACCUGCUGCUUAUUUAAGUUCAAAUAUGGAGUGGACCAAACAACAAGACAUUCUCAGAGAUCUUUGCUCAGGGCAUUGUAGUUACAAACUGUUAUAUGUCACUCCAGAAAAAGUAGCAAAAAGUGAUGCUUUAUUGAGACAAUUAGAGAAUUUAUAUGCACGAGAAUUGCUAGAUAGAAUCGUGAUUGAUGAAGCACAUUGUGUAAGCCAAUGGGGACAUGAUUUCAGACCAGAUUACCAGAGUCUAGGUAUUUUGAAACAGAAGUUUCCGAAUAUACCCCUGUUGGCAUUAACUGCUACUGCCACAGCCAGUGUCAAAGAAGAUGUCGUGCAGGCUCUUGGUCUUGUUGACUGUAUUAUUUUCAGACAAAGUUUCAACCGCCCAAAUUUAAGGUUUUCAGUUAUACCAAAAACGAAAAAAUGUAUGGAGGAUAUUGACAAGUUCAUUAAGGAGAAUCAUUUUGAUGAAUGUGGAAUCAUUUAUUGUCUUUCAAGGAUGGACUGUGAGAAAGUUGCUAAAAAGUUGCAGGAAUUUGGGCACAAAGCUGCAUUUUACCAUGCUAGUAUGGAUCCAGAUGAACGUGCAUCUAUUCAAAAGAUGUGGAGUAAAGAUGAGGUUAAUAUAAUAUGUGCAACUGUGGCAUUUGGAAUGGGUAUAAAUAAACCGGAUGUUCGAUUUGUCAUUCAUCAUUCUCUUCCUAAAUCCAUUGAAGGCUACCAUCAGGAAUGUGGGCGUGCAGGUAGAGAUGGACAACAUUCUUCUUGCAUACUGUAUUAUAGUUAUAGUGAUUAUAUUCGGGUCAAACAUAUGCUUAGUCAUGGAUCCAUAGAACAGAGUUCUUUUGCAUCUCGUUCAAGUACUUUAAAUUCUGGAAGAGUACUGGAAACAAAUACAGAGAACCUUUUGCGCAUGGUCAGUUACUGUGAGAACGAAGUUGAUUGUCGACGUUUUCUACAACUUGUUCAUUUUGGAGAAAAAUUCGAUCCUUUAAGCUGCAAGAAAACAUGUGAUAACUGUUCGAAGACGCAUACUCUCGUAGACAAAGAUGUUACGCAAAUAGCAAAACAUCUGGUUGAAUUAGUGAAAUCAGUCCGACAAGAGUUCUCAGGAACUUAUAUCUUGGAAGUCUACAAGGGUUCCAUGAACCAAAUUGUCAAGAAGAAUCAACACGAUACCUUAAGGUUACAUGGAGCUGGAAAAAAUGUAGCAAAAGGAGAAGCAUCACGUGUGCUACGUCAUCUUGUUAUCGAGGAGAUCCUUUUAGAGGAUAUUAAGAAAAGCGAUCUCUAUGGAUCUGUUUCAUCAAUUUUAAAAGUAAAUGAAAAGAAAGCGUGCAAUUUACUUGAAGGUCGGGAGACCAUAAUGUUAAGGUUUCCAUCCGUUGUUAAAGUAUCCAAGUCUACGACUACUACUCCAGCAAAGGGCUUCUUAACAUCAUCAAAACAAACUCCAUCAAGAUUAGAUACUCCUGUUCAAUCUCAACCAGAAGUAGACUCGAAUCUUUCAACUAAAUUGUAUGGUGCUUUGCGAGAGCUUCGAACUCUUCUUGUUAAGGAGGCAGGGGAAGGGGUGAUGGCAUAUCAUAUUUUUGGGAAUGCUACGUUGCAAAGUAUCAGCAGAAGGGUCCCUAGAACUAAAGAAGAGCUUCUUGAGAUUAAUGGCAUUGGCAAGGCAAAAGUAAGCAAGUAUGGGGAUAGAGUACUGGUGACCAUUGAGAUUACCCUCAAUGAGUACUAUAAUUCCAAUAUAAACCAACACAUCAGCAUCAAUGGUGAAAGUGAUAGCAUCAAUUCUCCAAAGAGAAUAGAUGCAAUAAAGAGUUGUUCAGGCCAUGAUGAUGACUUCGUUUAUAAGGAACCAGAUUCCACAAAUGGUCUUGAGAUUGUUGAUUAUCCUGAUGAUGAUGAAUCUACAUGGAGGCUUUGAGCAAUUCGUGUUGCUCUAUUAUGGUGUAUUUACUUUUUCUUCUUCGGUUGUUUUAUAAAUUAUCUACACUUUUUCUUGACCUGAUGUUUAAUUAUUUCUUUACUCUUUUUGCUAGAACUUUAGGUGUUUGGUUAUUCAAGGUAAAGAUUACUUUUAAUAUUCUGUGAAAAAAAGGGUGAAAACGUUUUUCA